AUGGAGACGCGCCUCGGUCACUGCCUUUUUCUCAUUUUCUCUGAGUGGAUUUGGCUCUUCACCCUAACUUCCAUCCUGGGCGGAACAAAAGCGGAGGUAAGGUGCAUUCCCUCAUGCCAGCUGCCGCUAACCACAGCGUUUCCCCCGGAACUCUCGGCGCUGGAUUUGACUAAUUUUGGCGAGGCGCCAGCUGAAGAUUUUGGUGGAUUUACCGAGGGGUCAGCGGACGCACAGCGCACCGCCGGCGGGGACGAAAAGCACAACGAUCCGGAAUUAACCGCGAGCGAAGAAAGUUCGUCCAAAGUGCGGCCGCGGUCAGGAGGACAUAGCUCGAGUUGUCUCUUGAAGGACGCGUUGGACGGGCAGCAAAAACUUUCCCGUCCGAAAGUGUUUGCGCCAAGUGUUUCACGCGCGGCCGCACUUUCUCCCAGCUUGAGCGGAAACAGCACCGACGGCGGUGAAAACGGCAGCGUUUACGCAGAAAAUGGGGCGCAGUUUGAUGUGACGGUGAAAGAGGACGCGGACGCGACCGGUUGGAGGAGAGCGCGGAGUGCGAGGAGCGCAGAGACUUGGUCCGGAUUCAGACCCGAGGGCGGGGAGGAUGCUUCUUUUGCGGACCAGGAGGAGUUUCAGCUCACUAGUUCGACGUUCGCGCUCACCGGGGACACGGCUCAUAACCAGGCGAUGGUGCACUGGUCCGGGCAGAACAGCAGCGUGAUCCUCAUGUUGACAAAGUACUACGACUUCAACUCCGGCAGAGUAACAGAGAGCUCUUUAUGGAGGUCAACUGAUUAUGGGACCACGUAUGAGAAACUUAAUGAGAAAGUCGGGCCAAAGGUCAUCCUGAGCUACUUGUACGUGAGUCCGAACAACAAAAGGAAGAUCAUGCUACUUACGGACCCGGAGGUGGAGAGCAGCCUCCUCAUUAGCCUUGACGAGGGGGCGUCCUAUCAGAAACACAGCUUAGCCUUUGAUAUCCUCAGCCUGCUUUUUCACCCGGAGCAGGAGGACUGGAUCCUGGCUUACAGCCACGACCAAAAGCUCUAUGUCUCUGUUGAAUUUGGGAGGAGAUGGCAGCUUGUGCAUGACAGCGUCGUCCCCAACAGAUUCUACUGGUCCAGACUGGGUUUAGACAAAGAACAAGGAAUGAUUCACCUGGAGAUCAUCGUCUCUGACGGACGGUCACAGUACAUAACUUGUAAACUUCAGAAUUGCUCUGAUGGAAACAAGGGCAAGCCUUUCCCUGGAUUUAUCAUCCCCAAUUCCCUGGUGGUUCAGGAUGAAUACGUUUUCAUCCAGGUGCCAAUAGGUGGCCAGUCAGUCCAUUAUGUGUCCUAUAAAAGGCAUGCUUUCUACCCAAUGAAGCUUCCCAAGUACACGCUGCCAAAGGACUUGCAGAUAAUCAGCACCGACGAUAACCAGGUGGUGGCAGCCAUUCAGGACUGGCACCAGAAUGACUCCUACAACCUGUACAUGUCUGAGUCCAGAGGGCUGUUCUUCACCCUGAUGCUGGAGAGCGUUGUGAGCAGUGGAGGACCGGAGGGCAACAUCAUGAUAGACCUGUAUGAGGUUGCCGGGAUUAAAGGGGUGUUCCUGUCAAAUAAAGUUGUUGAGAACCAAGUGAAAACUUAUAUCACAUACAACAAGGGGAGAGACUGGCGGCUUCUUCAGGCUCCAGCAACCGAUCUCCAGGGAAAUAAGGUCUAUUGUGAACAGCCUUACUGUUCGUUACACCUACACCUCCACGUAUCAGAAAAUCCCUACACCUCGGGAAACAUUGUCAGCAAAGAGUCGGCCCCAGGAAUUAUAAUAGCGUCAGGUGUUUUUGGACCUGAGCUGACGAGCACUAAUGUCAGUAUUUUCAUCACAUCUGAUGCUGGAAACACCUGGAGAGAGGUGUUUCAGGAAGAGUACAGCGUGUUUUUCCUGAAUCAAGGAGGAUCUCUGGUGGCCAUCCGACACACACCUCUGCCAAUUAGACAUAUUUGGCUGAGUUUUGAUGAGGGCAGAAACUGGGACAAAUAUAGCUUCACCUCCUCUCCGCUCUAUGUUGAUGGGGUGCUGGGGGAGCCUGGAGAGGACACCCUCAUAAUGACAAUAUUCGGCCAUUUCAGUCAUCGAUCUGAGUGGCAACUUGUCAAAAUUGACUUCCGGUCCGUUUUCCAACAACGAUGCACAUCUGACGACUAUCUGACGUGGCAGCUACACAAUGAGGGGGAAGUGUGCAUCAUGGGAAUGAAGAGAAUCUUCCAAAAACUGAAAGCAAACGUUCGAUGUGUCAAGGCCAGAGAUCAGUAUAUUUCCCAGAUGUCAGACUCCUGCCCAUGCACAGAGGCAGAUUUUGAGUGCGACUAUGGCUUUGAGAGGCAGAUUGAUGGGAGCUGCUCUCCGGCUUUCUGGUUCGUUCCUUCAGCCACAUCUAGAGACUGCAUCACGGGGGACAGCUUCCUCAACACCACGGGAUAUCGCAGGGCUUUGUCUAACAACUGCACCGAGGGAACGCUGCUGAAGUACAGCCCCAGGCGACAAAAGUGUCCCAGUCAGGCCCCCAGGGGCCUCCAGCUCUUCACCAGCGAGGGAACUCUGGUGGCAACCCUGGAGAAGAAUGUCACUUUCUUGGUCUUUCUGGAAGAGGGUCUCAGCUCCACGACAAGUGUGACGGUGGACUUUGGCGACGGGACCGCCAUAUCGUACGUUAACAUAAGCUCCAUCGAUGACGGGGUCAAGCAUAUCUACAGCAAAGUUGGCAUCUACCAAGUUUCUGCUACAGCUACCAACACUCUGGGCUUUGACAGGGUGAUCCUCUAUCUCCACGUCUCCUGUCAACUCGAACAGGUCCAGCUCUCAUCUCCCUCUGUGGUUGUCAAGAGCAAAGCGGUGAACCUCACGACAGUGUUACGGCCCAGCAAUGUGGGGACUGUCACCUAUUACUGGUGGUUUGAUAACAAAACGGAGCCUGUUGUGACCCUGGACGGAGUGAUGUCCUUCAUUUUCUCCAAGGAGGGAAGUCACACUGUCACCGUCCAGGCUUCAGUGGGCAACACUGUCCUUCAGGACCAAAUGACUGUGGCAGUUUAUGAUUACUUCCGGUCACAUGUUUUGGCGUUUUCUUCCAAUCUGGAUGAGCUGAACCCCGGGGUGUCUGAGUGGCGAGAGGACGUCGGCCGAGUGGUGAAGAGCUCCAUGGUUCAGGUCACAGGAAUCAGCGAGGAUCAGCUCCUGGUCACGGUGCUUCCAGGCCUACCGACCACAGCAGAGGUUUUCAUCGUGCCCGAGAAGAGGUCAAGACACGGAGGCGUGGAUGAAAAGUUGGCGCACCUGGAUCAGCUUUCUCAGGUUCUGCUAAGUGCUCUGAACCAAGACCUCAUCCAGUUCACACUCAAACCGGGGGCGCAGGUGAACGUGUACGCCACACGGCUGUCUCCAGCUCCUCUUGUGGACAGCAGCGACAGCGGCCACAGCAGCACCGCAGUCAUCAUGCUCGUGUCGGUCGUGCUGAUGGGCUUGGCCGUCUUUGUAAUAUAUAAAUUUAAAAGGAAGAUCCCGGGCAUCAACACAUACACAGCGGAGCAGCCUGACAAAGAACAAGAGGUCAUCCCGACAGUGACCUCCAUAGCUGUCCCAAACCCUGAGGGGGACAAGCUGACCUCGCUGGAUCAUGUGGAUGUACAGCUGGACUCAAAAAGCAGAGGCUACCUGCCAUCUCACACAGACAUCAAGCUCUCUGAUGAAGCGCCCCAUGUGUUUUAA